AUGUGGCCAUUCAACAGCGUCUUGACCAACUCACCACUUACAUCCUUUUCAACAAGAAGACUUCAAAUCCUUCUUCUUCUUUUAUUACUCAUUUCUCUCGUGGCGAGUAAGCUACACAUGGAUUUCACAUUUUCGGAAAAUAGAUUUUUCACACUCGUUUUCGCACAUGAAGACUUGAAAACUCAUCCCGCAACGAAUCAUGGAAUCAAUUCUCCUUCCAUAAUUUCUUUUCAAAAGAACGUCAGUACAGCGUUCGAGUUCUUUUCAUCCAAUUUGAGCGUUCCAAAAGAACAUGUUUUAUGGAUACUCCUCAUGACCUUGUUCGUCAUUAUCUUGACACAUUUCAUUCACCGCAUCAAGAGAGUCUUUCAUCAUGCGAAUCAAUUAAAGGAAAUUCCUGGCACUUGGCAAUUCUUAUUCUCUCCCAUUCGAAUUCCCUUCUUUGCUCCUUACUUUUAUUUAAAUAGUGCUUUUCAAAUGCAAAAAGUAAUUGAAAAAUUUGGAGAUCCAGAAACGAAAACAUUUCGUCUAAGUCUUCCUGACAUGAACAUUGUGUUUGUUUCUGAUAAGAACAUGUUGAAAGAAAUGAUGGUUUCGAAAUCGAACAUUUUUGAAAAACCAAAAGAAAAUUAUGAAUUAUUGAAUGUGUUUGGAGAGAGUAUUGUGACUUGUUUGAAUAAUGAAACUUGGAAAAAACAUUUCAAAGUGUGCAGCCCUGGAUUCUCUCCUGUCAAUUUGAGAUUUAUGUGUAAAGUGGCUGUCAAUUCGUGUGAUUUAUUAUUGGAACAGUGGGAAAAACAAUUACAGGGAAAGAAGGAAUUCAUGUUGCAACCAGAAACCUAUUCAGAUGUGACUUUGGACAUUCUAGGAAAAGCAGGUUUUGAUGUGGAUUUAGGUAUUUUCACAAAGAAUGAAAAAGGAAUUCAAUUUCGAAUGGCCAUGGAUACUCUCAUCACACGAGAUGUUGCAUUGCGUGGUUUUGUAAAAGGAAAUUCAGAAUUUCUGUAUUCCUUAUUUGCCAUUGUAUUAGGAACGAAUAAGGCAAAAAAAAUCUGUUCAGACAUUCUCGAUCAAGUCAUUAAUAAUAGAAGAAAACAACUCCAGGAAAACAUUCAUCUUUCUUCAGAUCAAGGUCAUGAUAUUUUGAGCUUAUUGAUUGAAGCUAAUUUAAGUGAAACGUUAUUGACCGAUGAAGAAUUGAAAAGUAAUGCCUUUGUGUUAUCUUUGGCAGGACAUGAGACCACUGCCACAUUAUUGCAAUGGGUAACUUAUGAAAUCUCAAAACGACCACACAUUCAAGAACGACUCUUUCAUGAAGUUCAACACGUUCUCAACGGAAGAGAUCCAACUUUUGAUGAUUUUGAAAAACUUGAAUAUGUGAAUAUGGUCAUUAUGGAAUCUUUACGAUGUCAUCCUCCUGUCACUUCGAUCGCUAAACAUGUGGCAAAGAAAUCGACAAGUUUAGGCAAGUUUCAAAUUCCAAAAGGAACUCAAAUUCAUGCUUUCAUUUUGGACAGUCACACAAGAUCAGAUAAUUGGGGAGAAAGUGUGAAUGAAUUCAAUCCUGACCGAUUCAAGGAUGCUGAAACCAGAGAACGCGUUCAACAUGAUUUUACUUGGAUUCCUUUCAGUGGAGGAAAUCGAAAAUGCACUGGAUACAAAUUCGCCUUAAUGGAAGGAUGCAUGGUAUUGUCCAAACUUGUUCAACGCUAUCAUUUUCGAUUAAUCAAUGAUGAAAGUGUGGAUCCAGUGGGUACUCAAACGAUCGUGGUGAGCAGACCUACCAAUUUGAAAGUCUCUGUUUCGAAAAGAGAAUAA